ACUACUGUGACUCUCAAUUCAUUUAUAAUAAACAAACUAUGGAUUCAUAUUUCCAAUCAAUGGUCUCGAGUGACGACCAAAUAGAUAGUGAAGACUACGACAACACGACAAAUAUGAUAUCCACAAACAGCAGUUCCUCCAAAACAAUUGACGACUCCAGGGAUGAACACUUGGCUGUCUUCGAGAUCGGAACGUUAGGUCUUUUGUUUGUACUCAUAGUGUUUGGCAACUCUUGUGUAUUGAUUGCGUUAAUUAUGAGACGACUUAAGAUUAACCGAAUGUAUUACUUUCUGUUGCAUCUCAUAAUUGCCGACUAUUUGGUAGCAUUUUUCAAUGUAAUGCCACAACUAAUUUGGGACAUAACCUAUAGGUUCAAUGGUGGUAACAUAUUAUGCAAAAUAGUCAAAUAUCUACAAAUUUUGGGACCCUAUCUGUCUUCAUAUGUACUGGUGAUGACAUCAAUCGAUAGAUACCAAGCAAUUUGUUACCCACUGUCCAACUGUCAGUGGACACCCACUCGAAGUCAACUUAUGAUAUCAUUUGCAUGGCUUAUAGCAUUGAUCUGUUGCACACCUCAAGCAUUUAUCUUUAGUUAUCAACAAAUCCCGGGCACACAAGUAUGGGACUGUUGGGGAACAUUUCCGUUACAACCCUAUGGGGAACGACUGUAUGUGAGCUGGUAUGCUAUCAGCUUCUUCUUCAUACCAUUUAUUAUUUUAACGACAACCCAUGUAUGCAUUUGUCGUGAAAUUUGGCGCAAUGUUCACCAAAAGAGCAAAAGUUUUAAAAGAGAACAAAACAAGAUAUACCAUCAAAACGAUGAUUCAGACCAUCUGUCCUCUGGAUCGUCAACUAAUGAAUCAAUUGGUAGAUCAACUAAUUUGUUAGUAACAGUUGGCCGUUCGUAUCGCUUUAAAGGUCGCGGAAGAGUAGAGGUUUCGAUUGAAAGGUCAACCAAAUCUGGCGGCGGUUAUAAUCCUAGGAGUCAUUCGUUGACAGGUCUGACCCGCGCUAAGAUUAAAACCGUCAAAAUCACAAUUGUUGUGAUCCUCUGUUACAUUAUAUGUUCGUCGCCUUUCAUUUGUGUCCAACUGUGGGCUUAUUGGGUGCCAAACGCACAAACAUCUUCAUUUUGGAGCGGUCCACUCAUAACCAUUUUUAUGUUGAUGCCUAGUCUUAAUAGUUGUGUUAAUCCAUGGAUUGUGUUAUUUUUUAACAAAAAUUUAGUGAAAACAUUAAAGGAGUCGUGCCGUACCUGUCUGUGCGCCAUAAGGUGUCAUAAAAGCAAAUAUGUUGACAGAAUCGAUGACUACUUGAGUAAUAUAGAGGACACGCGAUGUAGUUCACAGACAGACAUCGAUUUCAUUAAUAAUUCAAACAUUUCGGCCAACAAAAGAAAGAGCAAUGAUUUGACGUAUUAUCAGAGACAGCCAUCAAAUAGCAAUAGUUUGAUUGUUCCCACAAAUAUGAUGACCCCAUGUAAUGGACGUAAGGGUAGCCCUAAAAUUAAUAAAAACAAUUGCCAGUCUUUAGUUGAUAGUCCUACAAAAAGAGUGUCCCGACAUCAAUUGGGAUCACCUACUGUUGCUCAAAUUAAUGGCAUUCACAGAAAUAAUAAUAAUAAUAAUAUGACUUUUCAUAACACACCCGUCUCGUCGGCAAUCAUUGAAAUGCAGACCAUUUGCAUUACAAAAUAA